GAGGUGUCCAUGGCAUAGCUAUUGGUCGAAGAUGACUGGACGGCACAAGACAAGACAAAGCUCACUAUGGCCUCUUCAGCCUGCAUUUCAUGAAGGACAUAUUAUCUCAAAGCAGGAGCUACACUUGUUCCUGAAACCAGCUAUUACUCAGCAUUCCCAGAAUCUUGUCUUAUUCCUUCAAGAUGAGCUCAGUGUAGAUGACCUCACAUAUUUCAGCAAUGACUGUGAAUCUGAGGGGUCACUCAGCAAUAUUCAGGAAAUUCUCUCAACAUCAGCAUCGGCAUUAGUUUUACCUUCUGUGGACUCCAAGGCUAUCAGUCACGUGAUGGACCACCUCCCCAAAAUGGCCCACUGGAAGCUAACACACAUAGAAGGCUUUAAUCUAUCUCACCUGGAGGUAGAUACCAGAAAGCCUAACUUAGUCAUAGUGACACUCCAGCCUGUCAAAAGAGGCACUACAACCCCUUAUCAGUUCCCUAUAAUCCCAGCCACCACCAUGGAGAUGUUGGACUCUCCAAAAGGAACUGAAAUGGAGGGAGGCUGGAGGUUAAAACAAAAAAAUGGUGGACAUAAAGGCAUCCGAACAAGCAAUCAAUUAAUAGGCCAUCAACCAAUUCAGGAGAAACGAAGUACGAGUGUUAAUUCCUUGAAAUACAGAGUAAUUAGAAGACUGACCACUAUCUUGCAGGAUCAAGGAGCUCCAUUUUCUGCUAUCUACACUGCAGUGAGAUCUUCAAGGAUUCCCAGACGGCCCAGUGUGAAAGUGCAAUCACGACGACAAUUACUGGAGGUUGGAGCUGAGCAGAAGGUUCCAUAUCCUCUGCUGAGCGUGACUGAUGGCAUAACAACCUGCAUCUUGUUUUUCGCCAGUAGAAUCACCCUGGUGAUGAACCACUCGCUCCGGGUGGAGCUCACCAACUUGACCUUCAUUUCUCAGAAAGUAAACUUGAAUGCAUCUAUGUGUUCCACCAACCAAACCAUGUUGUCCUUGAAGUAUACAGAACCCACAGAGGGAGUCAACAGCCUGGAAAUACAAUUUAAAAUGACCAGCAAGUUCUAUGCAAGUUCUGCUCGCAAAUGGUUUACUUUAGAUUCGGUGGAGAUUUUACAGGACAAUCGAGAGACUGCUCAGUUUAAGGCAUCAAUCAUCUCAGCUCCUGUGGAGUAUUCAUUUCACUGUCAGCUGGUGGGAACCAGUCCUCGCCAUGGUGCCUGGCUGAUUCCCUCCAAUAAUGAAGCAAGGAGCUGGGACAUUGUCAUUUCUGAAUUCCAAAUCCAAGCAUUUGGAGUCCAAAACAACCUGUUCCCAUGUGCCAGUGACUGCACUGCCUUCUUCUCUCCUGGAAUUUGGAUGGGUCUCGUGGUAUCCAUUGUCUUCCUCUGGAUCCUGAUAUAUGGAAUCCAUAUGAUCUUGCAGCUGACCACCAGCAGUAGAUUUGACAACCCCAGAGAUAACCCACUGUCCAUUCCUCACGCAGAAUGAAUACCAAUUGAUUGAUUGACUGAUUAAUUGAAUGAAUGACAGACUAGCCCUGCUUCGAUUCGCGGCUACCUUCAAUCUCUUUAUCAAUUCUCUAUGGCCAUC